AUGAUUGGGGCUGCUGUGGGAGCUGUUUUUGGGGGUUCAGCUGCUUAUUUAAUAAAUUCAGCUUUACCUGGUAAUGCUGCUGUUGCACAGCCACAAGCUUAUGCUCUGGUCGGAAUGGCUGCUACACUAUCCUCAGUCUGUUCAGUCCCAUUGACUUCAGUACUGAUUCUCUUUGAGCUAACAAAGGAUUACAGGAUUUUGCUUCCGCUCAUGGGAGCAGUUGGGUUGGCAAUAUGGGUUCCUUCAGUAGUAAACCAGCCAAACGACACUGAGACUUCUGGGUUUAGAACACCCAGACGAGGUUAUUCUUCAAUUUCACCAGAAGACAGAAAUGGUAGCUCAAGGCAAGAUGAUGUUGUGGAUGAUCUUGAGCUCAGUAUAAUACAAACUGACAUUAGUAACUAUGGAACUUAUAAUGAAGAGAUGCUUCUGGAUGAUUUGAAGGUCUCCCAGGCCAUGUCAAAGAUAAAUGUCCAAGUUUUACCAUCUGCUACAGUACAGAAGCUCUUAAGCUAUUGCAUGAUAGACAGCAAAAUUGUGCCCUGGUUGUGGACCCUGAAGAUUUUCUUGAAGGAAUUAUUACAAUAG